CUCAAAACUCCUUUGUAUUCCAGUCCUGGGCUUUUAAUGAGCAGAAUCUGCUGGUCAUGCCAGACUGUGUGUGUGACAGAAGAAGGGGGAGUUGGGAGGAAAAGAACAUUUGCUGUGCAGCAACAUCCAUAAUAGACUAAACAAAAUAUGAUAUACAUCUGCAGUCCAGCUAACCCAGCUUCCCGGGAUGGAAGGCGAGUGGAAUUUAGUGCUGUCUGCCUAAUGCAGCACGGUGAAAUUUUUUUCCAAGAUGACAAGUUUUCUGACAAUCUCUGGGCGACCAUAGAUGAAGUGGAAACAGAUGUGGUGGAGAUAGAAGCAAAGCUUGACAAGCUGGUGAAGCUAUGUAGUGGGAUGAUUGAGGCUGGGAAAGCCUACAUCACCACCAACAAGCACUUCGUCAGUGGGGUCCGAGACCUGUCGCAGCAAUGCAAGAAGGACGAAAUGAUUUCGGAGUGCCUCGACAAAUUUGGAGACAGCCUGCAGGAAAUGAUUAACUAUCACAUGAUCCUUUUUGACCAAGCCCAGAGGUCGGUCCGGCAACAGCUGCACAACUUUGUGAAAGAUGAUGUCCGGAAGUUCAAGGAGACGAAGAAACAGUUUGACAAGGUGCGCGAGGACAUGGAGAUCUCUCUGGUGAAGAAUGCGCAGGCCCCGCGGCACAAGCCCCACGAGGUGGAGGAAGCAACGGGCACUUUGACCAUCACCAGGAAGUGCUUCCGACACCUGGCCCUGGACUACGUGUUACAGAUCAAUGUCCUCCAGGCCAAGAAGAAGUUUGAAAUACUGGAUGCGAUGCUGUCCUUCAUGCAUGCCCAGUACACCUUUUUCCAGCAGGGCUACAGCCUCCUUCAUGAACUUGAUCCCUACAUGAAGAAGCUAGCCACCGAGCUAGACCAGCUGGUGAUCGACUCGGCCGUGGAGAAGAGGGAGAUGGAGCACAAGCAUGCACUGAUACAGCAGAGGACCCUCCUGCAGGACUUCUCCUACGAUGAUUCCAAGGUGGAAUUUAAUGUUGAUGCCCCCAACGGAGUGGUGAUGGAAGGGUACCUCUUCAAGAGAGCAAGCAAUGCUUUCAAAACAUGGAAUCGGAGGUGGUUCUCCAUACAGAACAGCCAGCUGGUCUACCAGAAGAAGCUAAAGGAUGUCCUCACGGUGGUGGUGGAAGACCUGCGGCUCUGUACCGUCAAGCCCUGCGAAGACAUAGAGAGAAGAUUUUGCUUUGAGGUCGUCUCACCUAGCAAGAGCUGCAUGCUGCAGGCCGACUCAGAGAAGCUGCGCCAAGCCUGGAUCCAGGCGGUUCAGGCCAGCAUCGCCUCCGCUUACAGAGAGAGCCCAGACAGCUACUACAUCGAAAGACUGGACCGAACCGCCUCCCCUUCCACCAGCAGCAUCGACUCUGCCACUGACUCCCGGGAGCGGAGUAUGAAGGGGGAGAGCAUCCUGCAGAGGGUCCAGAGCAUCCCUGGAAAUGACCAGUGCUGUGACUGCGGCCAGGCGGAUCCCCGAUGGGCCAGUAUCAACCUAGGCAUUCUGCUGUGCAUCGAGUGCUCUGGGAUCCACAGGAGUCUGGGCGUUCACUGUUCCAAAGUCCGCUCUCUCACACUGGAUUCCUGGGAGCCAGAGUUACUGAAACUAAUGUGCGAGCUGGGGAACAGCACCAUGAACCAGAUUUACGAGGCACAGUGCGAGGAGCUGGGACUUAAGAAGCCCACUGCGGGGAGCUCCAGGCAAGACAAGGAAGCCUGGAUCAAGGUCAAGUAUGUGGAGAAGAAGUUCCUCAAGAAGUUGCCUACUGGGGAGGCCCUGGCGGAGAACGAGAGGAAACCCCGGCGUUGGAGUGUGAAGAAAUGCCAGCGACACAACAGCACCACAAAAGCACCUACGGCUCGUAGGAAGUACCGGCAUGAGGCAGGAAAUGCAUCGCCGGCCCCGCUCUCAUCAGCUGCCACUCUGGAGAGGAAAUUCCGGCGAGACUCUCUCUUCUGCCCCGAUGAGCUGGACUCCCUCUUCUCGUACUUUGACACCGGCGCCGGCUCAGGACCACGCAGUGCCAGCCACAUCUCUAUGCAGCACCCGCUGGCAGCUGGCCCCUGGAGUGGCAUUGGUCCCGGUGGGAGCGGUAUGCCGUUCCUCCUGGACGGAGGUCUGAGUAGCGACAGCGGGCUGGGCGGCAGCACAGACGGAAGCACCGAUGUCCUGGUGUUCGGCUCGGUGGUGGACAGCGUCACGGAGGAAGAGUGCGAAGUGUCGGAGGAGUCCAGCGGCGAGGCGGAGAUAGAGCAGGAGGCCUCAGACCUGGAGGACCUGCGGGAGCUGCACCCUGGCCUGCUGAUUUACAAGGCAGCGCAGGCCAGGAACUUACCUGUCAUGGCAGAGGCCCUGGCACAUGGCGCCGAGGUCAACUGGGUGAAUGACGAAGAUGAAAACAAAACUCCUCUGAUUCAAGCUGUGAUGGGGGGCUCCUUGAUAGCCUGCGAAUUCUUACUCCAGAACGGAGCAGACGUUAACCAAAGAGAUAUCCGGGGCCGGGCUCCUCUGCACCAUGCCACGUACCUGGGGCACACUGGCCAGGUCUGCUUGUUCCUAAAGCGAGGCGCCAACCAGCAUGCAGUGGACGAGGAUGGCCAAGACCCCCUCAGCAUUGCAGUCCAGGCAGCCAACGCAGACAUAGUCACCUUGCUGCGUCUGGCUCGAAUGAACGAGGAGAUGCGAGAAGCCGAGGGCCCCUUCGGACAACCAGGUCAAUAUCCCAGCAACAGCCCCACUGAGCUCCAGUACAGGAAGUGUAUACAGGAGUUCAUCAGCCUUAAUAUAGAUGAGUGUUAGUGACAACUCCCCACCUGCCUCUCCUUUGCUGUCUUGAGUGGGCUGAAUUCAAGAAUGCCGCCUGAGCCCCACCUUUGGUGUAUAUUGGUGUUUCUUGCAGAUUGGCCUGAUUCUGAUGCCUACGGCAGAGAGGCCAAGAGCCACAGAGGAAGGAGAGGGAACUUUCGUGUUAGUGUGUAAUUCUCAUGCUUGACUAGAGACGGUCAAUUUCACACAGGAGGAGAUUCAGGGCACACCACAGACCAUGGCUCAUGGAUUUGAGUGUGCAGGGAGCACACGAGUUUAGUGUAAAAAAAAGAAAAGAAAACCCUUUAUUGGCAGAAGAAAAUCACCAACGAUACAGCUGGAUGAUAUGUUUGGAACCCGCUGUGUAUUUGUAGCGCGAUAGAUCGGCCCUACACCCGAAUUAUCGUAUGCACAAAGUUUGUUUGGACAGUGUGCCGUUGCUGGAGCCCUCUCUUAUCAAUGGUGCUCAGCAACUUGAAGGACUCGUUAGCAAAUGGGGUGACUGCAAGGUUUGGAAGUUGUCAGAUCCGGUUUAAAAUGCUAAUGCGGGGGCCUCUUAAGUCUGGAGGAGGCAAGCUGCAGGUAGAGAUCCUCUGCUGCAAAAGGCACACGGGAUGGGGCAGGAAGGAGAGACAUGGCCGCCCACCUUACAUGCUCUCAGGUUUAAACCAGCAAAGCUCCCUUUUUUAAGCCAACAGUAGCUAGCUGGUCAAAGCCAUAGCUCAGCUGCUUCCUGGACUAGGGUGCGAUGUGGUUAGUGUUACUGAAGCAGUGAGGCUAAUUUUUUGUGGCCAGGAGAGGCUCAUCGCCGGCGAUGGGCUGUGUGCCAGGGAAGAAAACUAAAAUCAGACACCCACAGCCUGAGUGGCUAACUCAAGCAGCUGGGUUUUUUCCCUGGUCAGAUUUCCUACUUAGCCCCUUUCUGAGAAGGGGAUUUCUAUUUGUAUGCGUGUCCCUAAAUGCUGUCGUCCCUCAUGCUGAUGCAUGCGAGCAGGGCAUUUCUGCAGCAGGUCCAGGGAAUCCGGAUUGCUCCAUUUCCAUUUACUGGAAGGACUAUUUUGGUUUUUCUUUUUUUGCUGGAGGGGAGGGGGAACCUGUUUUUACUCCGAGCCACUUUGGAUUUUGUGAUCUGUGUUUUUGAUGAGCUCGCGGUGUCUCAGCAGAGAUACCGUCACCACGCUGUCAUUUCUUCAGAGGGCUUGGAGCUUGUGUAUAAAAUUGGAAGCCCAACCUGUGACUGUGUAUUACCAUGGAAAGCCUCACUGUGCUUCUUUAAGAGUCCAGUCCCACUGAGCGCUGAGUACCCCAAAUGCCAUUCAAGCCAAUGGAAUUUGGGGGCUCUUGGUGCCUCACAGGAGAAGCUCAGGAUCUUGAAGGCUGAAAUUCUUAAUCCGGAACACAAGAGGCCAGGAAGACUUCCUAUCCCCUCAGUUAAGCUAGCCGUGAUACACCGUAAUAUUCCUUUCCAUCAAAUACUUGUCCAAUUCCUUUAAUAAAAGCCCUGCUCCGCAUACCAGCUGCUGCCCUUGGUAAGUUAUACAUCUGCUGGUUGCUCUCUGUGGGCAUAUUUCUGUCCUCAGGUGCAGCACAAGCAAGCAGGUUCCACUCAGAUCUAUGCCACACAUCCAGGGCUAGAACAGUGAAGAAACGCCACCCAAUUCCUUUAAGUCCUUUCUCAGCUAAAGGGCUGGAUCCUGCUCCUUUGGAAGUCAAGGGAAGCGUUGUCACUGACUUCAGUGGGGUCGGGUACGUCCUGAAGCUGUGCCACCCACUUCCUAUCUUCCCUCGUGGCUUCUUUCCUGUCUGCUCCCUUCGAAACUGUGGGACGGCCACUCCCCGAACGCCAAGAUCUCAUCUCAGUUACACCCAUGUGCUGUAAAUCUGCAAUAACCCUACUUAGUUUGCUGGAGUUGCUCCAGAUUACCACUAGAGCAGACUCUGGAUGGCUUCCCCCCUCCACCCCUCAGUAUAAAAUCCCAUUCUCUCCAGCCCUUCGCUGUUCCUUCUCCAUUUACACGCCCUCCUGUCAAGCACAGAGAUCACGCCCAUGCUCUUUACAUAACAUGCCAUUACCAAGGCUGGAUUAUGUAAGUCUUCAGCAUUUACAUAGUGCUGCUGUCUUCCUGCCCUGUACACUUGGUGGGACCCACAGUAAACCUUGGACCACCUGCACUAUCCCUUUUAAUCGCACAGCGUCUGGUUCUGACACCGUUAUGCAAUCCAUACUUAGGCAGUCCUUCCUCCGAACCCUUCUCUGAGUGCAUGCAGAGUAAAGGCUUUAGGAUGCCUAUCGUGGUACUUACUAGAGGCUAAAUGCUGCAGUCUUUGCUAAUGCCAUACUCAGGCAAAAAGCCCACAGACUUCAUGAGUAAAGCCUGCAGGGUUGGGCCUUUUGUAGUGAAAUGGUCACUUGUUACCUUUUAAGUACAGAGAAUGGACAUUGAUAUUUUAGUCCCUGUAAUUCAGGGGGCAACUUCCUGGUGUCUAGAUUCUGAUUUUGGUGUAAAUCUGGAGUCACUUCCUUUGAAGUCAGUGGAGUGACUCCAGAUUUACACCAGUAUCUAUCAUGUCUAACGUAGCUAGAAGUGCACACAGUAUUGUAGAGGUGGCCUCCUCUGGGGUUGGAAUGUUUCCCUUUGAUUAGCACUUACAAUGCCCUCCGUUAAGGUUCUUGUUUUCUGUUAAGCGGGGUGCUGAAGGCGAUUGCGUUUGACCCAGCACUUCUCCAUAUCCUUCAUCCACUUCAGCUUCGGAGUUUUCAGCAUAGAACCACUAAGGGUAUAAACCAUCUGUUCUCGUGGUGCCUGACCUCAUAACCUUUCAUUUCUCUGCACUCCACACCGUUGUCUUCUCACCUGUCCAAAUCACGUUAGGUGUAAACAGCUUGAAAACUGACUGACCUCUUCUAUUGCGUCACCUUUUCCUCUGACACCUCCGAUUGAGUUACGGCCUGAGCGUGCUCCCACUGAGGUCAAAGGGAAGUUUGCUGUUGAGUUCAGUGUGAGUAAGAUCAGAAACCCGUUGAGCAAAACCCUGGACUCACAACUCCUUGGUGUGAAAUUUUCUGCUUGAUGGUAUCGCCAUCUGUGCGGAUCUGUCAUGGUUUAAGAAGCUGCCCAACAGUGAAACUCCGUUGCCCUCCUCAAAUUACCAUGAAACUAUUAUAUAUACAUAGUGCUGAGCUCUCUGCCCUCAGACCAGCGACAGAGUUAACCACAUGCUUAACUCCGACAGGAAUACUCACGUGCUUAAACUUCAGCCUGUACUUCUGUGCUUUGCUAGAUUGGGCUCAGAGGGCUCAGGACUAUGCAAGAACCAAUCCAUGUGCAGCUGAAUAUCUGCUGCUUAUCUUGGCUUAGGAACGAGGCGCUUCUCUGAAAUUAAGACUUGUUGAUUAUCCCAUCCCGUCCCAUUUUAUGUAGAAAGGCUAAUCUGCACAAAACCUUUGCUCGCCCGCAUGUGGUUCCCUUCAAGCCAUGUCCUCCCCUAGAAAAAGGCAAUAUUGAAUUAAAACUAGAAAAUUUCAGGACACGCCAAAGAAAAAAAGCAACAUGUUGAUCAUUAAACCUCCUGCUCUUACCCUGCGUUAACGAAACCCAGCCUGGUGGUUGCUGGAAACGUUUUCCCUCAUGCGGUGCCUGUUAAUCGGCUCCAAUCAGUUUUCUGACUCUGAAGAGGAGUUAGAAAUUUGGCUGAUCCUUUCUAUAAACCGGUGAGAUCUGAAGGCGUGGCUUGUUCACUCCAGGCCAUUGUAUUUUACAGUCGACAUUAGUGACUCAUGAGAACAAUAGUGUAUGGUUUGGAACCUACAAGCUUGGAAUCACUCACUGCCCCAGUAAACGUGGUUAAAGAAUAUGUAAAUACUGACACAAAAAGCAGUAUGUCUGGCAAGACAAUUUAUCUAUUUAAAAUGUAUCGGUACUUUAUUUAGAGUCAAUGUAUAAAGCAACUUUGUGCACUUUUCCUACUUACAGUAUUGGGUUUUUUAUGUUCUUUUGUUAUGGAUUUUGUGCUGUUUUUUUUAAUCGGUAAAAUUGUUAAGUAUUUAAUUUAUUAUUGAGACGCCCAGAGGACUAGUGCAAUUUUCAUUCAAUACAGUUUGGCUGUAUUUAAUGUCAGGAUUUUUUUGUAACGUUACUAGGGCCUGUAUUUUUAAACUUGACUUUUUUUCCCCUCUCCCCACUUCCCUUUCUUUUUUUCUUUUCCUCUUUUUUUUUUUUUUUUUGGUUUUUUUUUUCCUUGUAAAGAGAAUGCAAGGCAUCCGAUGCCUCACAGCUUGAGAUAGGGUAGGACACUUAACAAAUCUGGCAGUUUCUAAAACAAGAUGUUUUUCUCCAGGGAAAAAACUAUGUCUAAGAGGCAUUUUGCAAUGUUUUCUAUGUUUAUUUUAUUUUAUUUUUUUUGGAAUGAGAAAUGUGUGCGUGCGCGUGUUUUGGGGCUUGGGAGGGAGGGAGUGUUGGGGAAAUUGUACAUAAAGUUUGUUUUCGGCAAAGCAAAGAGCCAGUAAGGCUACAUGGGAGUCUAGACAUAAAGUCGCUGGGUUAUUUUUUUUUUCUCUUUAAAUAUGGAUACAUUCUCUGAGUGUUGUACAAUCUUAUUUGAAAUUUCUAAUGCCAAAAUUUCUGUCAUUCUUCCUUUAUAGCUCUUCUUUUCAAAGAGUUUGUACAUUACAUACAUGACAGUAACUUGGUUGCAACUGUGAUUAACAUGAACAGAUUUGCCUUUGUCUAGAAAGCGACACCCAGGGUAUUACCUCAACA